CACACACACACACACACUCACACACACACUCACCUCUCUCUGGUGGACUGAAGACGGCUGUGAUGAAGGUCUGAGGCUGAUGAUGGGCAGGAGUCAGUCCCGUGGAGCUCCGCUGCUGUGUGAGGAUGAUGAGGUUUCCUUUGACCACUUUCAGAUUCUCAGAGCCAUUGGAAAGGGAAGCUUUGGAAAGGUGUGUAUCGUGCAGAAGACAGACUCCAGGAAGAUGUACGCCAUGAAGUACGUGAACAAGCAGAAAUGCAUCGAAAGAGAUGAAGUCCGAAACGUCCUCCGAGAGCUGCAGGUCAUGCGACGACUCCAACAUCCGUUCCUCGUCAACCUGUGGUUUUCGUUUCAGGACGAGGAGGAUCUCUUCAUGGUGGUGGAUCUGCUGCUAGGAGGUGAUUUACGCUUCCACCUGCAGAAGAAGGUGUGUUUCACCGAGCAGACGGUCAAGCUGUACGUGUGUGAGCUGGUGCUAGCGCUCGACUACCUGCAGAGCUCCAACAUCAUCCACCGUGAUAUAAAGCCAGAAAACAUUCUCUUGGAUGAACAUGGUCACGUCCACAUCACAGACUUUAACGUGGCCAUGUUUCUGCCGGGCUCAGAAAGCGUCUCAUCGAUGGCAGGAACUAGACCCUACAUGCCACCAGAGGUGUUCGUCUCGUUCGUGGAUGGAGCUGUGGGUUACUCGUUCGCUGUGGACUGGUGGGCUCUCGGUGUCACUGCUUUCGAGCUCCUGCAUGGAUCGCGGCCCUUUGAGAUCCACUCCAGCACAGCGGUGACCGAGGUCCUCAGCAUCCUCCGAGUCCAGAAGCUGAACUUCUCCCGUGUCCUGAGUCCAGGAAUGGAGCGUCUGAUCCUCAGUCUCCUGUCCAGAGACCCCUCGAGUCGCCCGUCCAGUCUGUCCGAGGUCCAGGCCUCUCCGUAUCUGGCAGACGUCGAUUGGGACGCUGUGCUGCAGAAGUCCGUCCCGCCUGGAUUCGUCCCAAACAAGCGCCGUCUGAACUGUGACCCCACAUUUGAGCUGGAGGAGAUGAUCCUGGAGACCCGUCCGCUGCACAAGAAGAAGAAACGCCUGGCCAAGAGCAGAAACCAGCCCUCGAACCCACUGCCGACGCACAUCCAGAGCGGUUUAGACUCGCUGGCAAAAGAGUUCAUCACCUUCAACAGAGAAAAGUACGUCAGACGUUCCCUUCCUUUGUCUGCUUUAAAGUAUUAAUCAGUUUGGAACUGAUGUAAUUCUUCUGUUAAAUACAUGUGAACAUCAGCAAAAAUCUCUCUGUCUGUCAGGAUGAAGCAGAAUAAACACUAACGGAGCGAAGAUGAAGACGGACAGCACU